AUGGUCAUGUCAAGGCAAAGCAGUCAACCUGUUUUUCCCAAUGAGCUCCUCAUGCAAAUUGCACUGUUCAUUGAUCAAGAGCAUCUGAAAUCGUUCCUGUUCGUCAACAGAUACACUUAUCAGCUCGUGUGUCAGAGGGUAUACCAUAAAGCGAUUUUUCCUGAUACCGUUGCGCCCCAAGAGAUUAUUCAGUUCUGCCAAAAGCAUGGACGCUCUUUGGAAAUGAUGAAGCUGCCCAAUCUUCCACUGCACUCCGACGCAUUUUUUAUACACAUUGCCCAAUUAUGCCCCAAUUUAACGUUCCUGCAAUCGAGCAUGAUGCCGAAACAACUGCAUAAUAUUUUACCCAUACUGCGUUCUUCUGCAUGCUUCAUGCUGACAAACCUUUCAACAGAUCACACAAUAGAAUUAUCCCAGCAUGCGAUCGCUUCGUUAUCUUGCUGUUCGUCCUAUUUCGUUUUCCCCAAUUCAUCCAAUCCAGGGACCGCAACCACGGCAGUGACGGCACGAACACCGGCACCAGGCACUUUAACCCACAUCUCCCACUAUUUCCACCAUCCUGGUGCACUUCGAAAUGCGAUUUUACCCACGUUUGGCGCGGACCUCUUAUCGCUUACAUUAAAUCAUUACGAUGUCUUGACCGCAACAACGGCCGAACUGAUCGUGUCGAAAUGCCCGCGGCUACGGUAUCUCGUUGCGCCUACGGUCAAGGCCGAAGGACUAUGGUUAAUGCUGCGUUGGUGUCACUCAUUGGUAACCAUUAUUGUUGGCGAACAUGAUAUGGAUGAAGGCGAGGAAGAAUUUGGAGCCAUUUUUCCAGAUGUGAUUAUCAACGAACGACACCGGUUCGUGGAUGACGAAAAUGAGCGUGCGGUGUCGACCAUCAAGCAGCAUAAACGUGUGUGGUGUCUUCAUCCACGAACGCUGUAUGACCAUCAUCGUCAAGCCUUACUGCAACGAAAAUCAUGGCAUAUCGGAAUCAUCCCCAAAAGAUAA